GUGAGGGAGUCUCUCCUGAGCAUCAAAGAAGAUCUGUUGUCAAUGGUCUGAAUUUUUAUUUAGAAAAGAAGCACAAGGUACUUCCCUUCCAGCCCACCCUUCCUUUGUCCUAGAUUUUUGGUGCGCUGGGAGUGGAUUGCAUGUGUUCCCCCUGCUCUGUGCUCCUGGCUUGACCCAGAGAGCAAGAAGAAAUGAUGAUGACGACACCCAGUAGGACCGGGGUGCUCAUGCCCUUCCACUGCUAAACCUCUAGUAACUGGCCCCUUUCUCUUCUCUCUGCCCCUUACUUCCCUUUUUCUGUGGUCGUGGGAUUUGGGGUUUUUUGGGUUUUUGGGUUUUUUUUUUUGGCCUGCUGAGGGAGCCACUGCAGACCAUGAUGUGCCUGGGGUUGUGGGCAGCUGCCCUGCUCUGCUUGUUUUCCCCUGGCACUGUGCAAGGCGACUGCUGGCUAAUCGAGGGGGACAAAGGUUAUGUGUGGCUGGCCAUCUGCAGCCAGAACCAGCCCCCGUAUGAGACCAUCCCCCAGCACAUCAACAGCACAGUGCACGACUUGCGUCUGAAUGAAAAUAAACUCAAAGUGGUGCUGUACUCCUCCCUCAACCGCUUCGGCAACCUGACUGAUCUGAACCUGACCAAGAAUGAGAUCUCCUACAUUGAGGACGGGGCUUUCAUGGGCCAGUCAAACCUCCAGGUCUUGCAGUUAGGCUACAACAAACUAACCAACCUGACGGAGGGCAUGUUGCGGGGCAUGGCCCGGCUCCAAUUCCUCUUCGUGCAGCACAACCUGAUUGAGCUGGUCACCCCUACUGCCUUCUCCGAGUGUCCUAGCCUGAUUAGCAUUGACCUGUCUUCUAACCGUCUCAGCCGCCUAGAAGGGAACACUUUCACCAGCUUGAGCAAUUUGAUGGUGUGUGAGCUGGCUGGCAACCCCUUCAACUGUGACUGUAGCCUCUACAGCUUUCUUAACUGGCUGGCGCUCUUCAACAAUGUCACCAAGAACUAUGACCGGCUUCAGUGUGAGACUCCACGGGAGUUUGCCGGUUACCCGCUCCUGGUGCCUCGGCCCCACCACAACCGCAAUGCCAUCACCAUCUUUCAGUCUAUGUGCCGAGGCGGCACCAUCCCCUCCCUGUCCAGGGUCAACCCUACCCCUUAUACCCCUGACUCCCAGCGAGACCUGGAUGAGGGCUCAGCCAUCAGUCCUGGGGACUUCCUCUCGGUCAAGCCUCCAGCCUCUUCCACCACGGACUCCUCCUUUAGUCCCAGCAUCAAGCUCCAUGAUGUUACCAUCACUUCAGCUAUCUUGAUGGUAACCAUCCCCAUGCCCUACAGUAAGAUGUAUGUGCUGGUCCAGUACAACAACAGCUACGUUUCUGACAUUGCAACACUGAAGAGCAAGAAGGAAUAUGUCACUGUCAAUAAGCUGAAGGCCCACACUGAUUACACUUUCUGUGUGGCCUCUAUCCGCAACAACCGGCGCUACAACCACACUUGUCUGACCUUUGCAACCAGGAGCAAAGGCAGGGAGGACCCUAUCUCCAGCACUUCCACUACAACACACUACAUUAUGACCACCCUGGGUUGCCUCUUUGGGAUGGUCAUUGUCCUUGGGGUGGUGUACUAUUGUCUGCGGAAGAGGAGGAUGCAGGAGGAGAAACAGAAGUCCCUCAAUGUCAAGAAGACCAUCCUGGAAAUGCGUUAUGGAUCAGAUAUUGAUACAAGUACCAUGGUCCACCCUUCCCAGAAGCUGGGUGAGCCACCAGUCAUCCCUGUCUCACGGAUGUCCUCCAUCCCUUCCAUGAUUGGAGAGAAGUUACCCCCAUCCAAAUCAAUGGAAUCUGGCAUGGAGACUCCUAAAGUCACUACUAAAGGCAACUACAUUGAAGUACGGACUGGUGGUGGGGAUGGGCUGGAACGGACCCAGCGGGAUGAGGACCUGAGGGAGCUUGACAAUGGGCAAGGCUCAGCUGCUGAGAUCUCUACUAUUGCCAAGGAGGUAGACAAGGUCAACCAGAUCAUCAACAACUGCAUUGAUGCUCUCAAGCUGGACACAGCCUCCUUUCUGGGUGGUGGGACUGGUGUUGACUCAGACAUGGCCUUUGAGUGCCAGUCCAUUCCUGCCAGUUCCUCGGGUGGGCUAGAGCGGCCCAGCUUUCUUUCCCCACCCUACAAAGAAAGUUCCCACCACCCUUUGCAGCGCCAGCUGAGUGCAGAUGCUGCUGUGGCCAGAAAGACUUGCAGUGUUUCCUCUAGUGGCUCUAUCAAGAGCGCCAAGGUCUUCAGCUUGGAUGUGCCUGACCACCCACCACUGAGCAAGUCUGACUCCAAAUACAUUGAGAAGGGCAGCCCACUCAACAGUCCUUUGGAUCGUCUUCCCUUGGUGUCCCCGGGCGCCAUCCACCAUUUGGAGGUCAAGCCUUCUUACCACUGCAGCGAACACCGCCACUCCUUCCCGGCCCUGUACUAUGAGGAAAGCGCUGACACCUUGAGCCAGCGGGUGUCAUUCCUAAAACCGCUCUCCCGGUCCAAGCGAGACUCCACGUACUCCCAGCUCUCCCCCAGACACUACUUCUCGGGCUACUCCUCCAGCCCAGAGUACUCAUCAGAGAGCACCCACAAGAUCUGGGAGCGAUUCCGGCCUUACAAGAAGCACCACAGGGAGGAGGUUUACAUGGCGGCUGGGCAUGCCCUGCGGAAGAAAGUCCAAUUUGCCAAGGACGAGGACCUGCAUGACAUCCUGGAUUAUUGGAAAGGAGUCUCUGCUCAGCAGAAGCUGUGACUCCCUCGCUCUUUCCAAGGAAACAAUACAAAACAAGAAAUCCCCAAUGACCUGAAAAAUAAAUGCCACUUGACUGUGAAAAAUAAACCGACAACAAAAAAUACUCCCGACAAAUACAAAACUGACAAAAUCAUUUCUUAAAGUUUACAGCAACAGAAAACUCACAUACACACAGAGACACACUCACACACACACAUACUGAAUUGUUUCUACUGUGUUACGGGGACCAUUGUUAAUGCCUGCAGAUGGUUGCAAAGAGCAGCCUGCUCUGAUACUGUGGUAACAGCACUGGAGUGUGGAGGGAUGGGACUGGCCCGGGAGGGGGUGGCAGCAGUGGCAGUGGAAAGGCAGGGAAGGACACUCACUGAGCAUGAAACUCGGCUGUGAACUAUAUUGCUCUUUCUGUUCCUGUUGCUACUUGAGGGCUGAUUUUUCUUUUGGGUGGGAGGGGAGGACCUUGAAUUAGUAGGAACUUCUCUGCCCACCUCAUAGACCUCCUUUUCCAGAUCUUCCAUCACACUACUUUUUCCCCUCUUUCCUGUGGCAGUGGAGACUUUUCUCACCCUCCCAUCCCCUUCUAAGAUAGGUGGGAUUUGCUGGAGAAAGUUCUCUCACUCCAUCUCCUUUUCCUCUUCUCUACUUCUCUCUGUUAGGGCUCCCUAGGCUUGUGCUUUCUAUCCAAAUACUUUAUGAACCUCCACCCAGGGGAGGUAUGAAGGGCAGAGGGAGGAAAGAUCUGCCUCGCAACAGUUUUUAUGUCCUUGCUGCUCUGUCCCCUUCUCCCACCAUGUUAUUACUGAUGAAUGCCCAGAGAGUCUGGAGUGGUGGGCAUUCCUCAGGCCUGCCUAGAGCCAGUCAUCUGCCAGUGAGGGAGAAUGGCGGGGGUAUGACUGUGCUCUUUGGCAGGGCAAAUCAGGUCCUCAACAGAAGGAGGUAGAGGAGGAGGCAGGAAGGUCCGAUACCUCCGAAGUGUGAAGGGUUCCUCACCUGUCCCUGUCUCCCCAUGGAUGUCACAGAUCAGGGGUCUGUUCCUCCCCAUGCACACUCAUGUUUAGCCUGCCCUUGUGCAGUAGGUUUUGUGCUCCCUAUUUAUGCAUCCCUUCGUAUGAGGAAGGGAUCUGGAUGUGAUCUUCUGUAGCCCACUCCAACUGACCCCUUCCCCGCCAUGGGGGAAGGGGAGAGCAUCUCCCAUCCUUCUUGCUUGCCUGGAAGGGACAGAGCAAGAGGAUAUGAAAAGUAGAAUUCCUGUUUCUUCACUCACAAAGUUGAUUAAAAAAGCCACUAAAUGGCUUUCCCUUGAAUGAGAUACCCUGGCAUGGAUAAGGGAUAGCCUAGGGUGAAGGUGGAAGCACAGAAAAUGAAAGGCACAUGAAAAGGGGUCUUGGAGAAGCCCAAGAGGGAUGGCUCCAGGAAAAGCCCCCUUUGUGUGUGCAGCUAUACUGGGAGUGCUGGGAUAGAGGAGGAUGACACCCCCUGGAUGGCACUGUUCCCCUAGAUACUUAGAAGCCCCCAGGAGAGUCAGAACAACUUUUUGCCUCCUCAGUCCUCCAUCUCCUUGCACUCAGGUGCCACAGACUCUUCUUUGGGAUUUUUUUUAAUGUCCUGGCAAAAACCCAGUUUCCCUUGCUAGCCCUGACCUCUGUCCCUGGGAUAGGAAACCUACUGCAGAGUUAGGAAUAAGCCUGCUGCCUUUUCCACUUUGUCCUAUUUCUGAACAUCCCAGAAAAGCACAAUCUUGGCACCUUCUCCCCCAAAGUUUGCUUGUCUGGCAGGGGUAGCUGCCUGCUGAGUGGAUCUUAACUGCAGCACAGUGGCCCUCCCCUCCAUAAGCCGCACACCCCAAUCAUCUUUGACAAUUUUUUGUCCCUAUUAGGCUGAGGAAGAGGGCCUGUGUUGCGCUGGCCUCUCCCAUUGGGCUAUUUCCUUUAUGAGAAGCUACUCUGAAGCUCCAGGGUGUUUGGAGGCCCUAGGAGAGGGAUGAAGGUGUAGGAGCUUCUGGGAGGGAUUUAUGUGCUGCCUGCAGGGAAGUCGGCCAUCAUCUGUCAGAUAGCAGCAUUGCCAGCUGUGAGAGCUGGUUUCUACGCUACAGAUGGCAUGGCUUCAUCUUCUGUAAGAAGGGAGCUGCAGUAGGCACAGCCUAUUGUGGGAAAACCAGAGGGAAAAUCCACAGGGUCUAAACCUGCGAAGAUCCUUAGGCUUCCUUCGUCGUAGGGAUGCUGA